CCCCUCAAUUCUCAAAACGUUGAAAUUGACAAUACAGAAUUAUUUAUUUUGGCGCCAACAUAUCAGAAUAAUUUUUGUGUGUUUAUAUCUAUUUUCUAAAACAAAUUUAUCUUGUCAUCAAAAGAAAUAAUAGAAAAAUCAUGGAUGAUCCAAUGGAAACUCGUUUGAAGCCAUAUGUCAUUGACAGCAAUGAAGCUUUGGAUAUAAAAUUAAUUCGUAAGGAGGAUGAUCUUGAGGAUGAUGAUACUUCAUUUAGCCCUGAAAUGUCUCAUCAAGUAUUUGGAGACAGUGAAACAAUUUUUGGAUAUAAAGAUCUACAAGUUCAGUUGUAUUAUUCAGCAGGUUCACUUGAAACGUAUCUUGGUAUGAAGUACACUGAAAAAUUACAAAAAGGUGAAAUUGAUGAUGUUGAACCAGAUGAUGUAUUUCCAAAAUUAAUGGCUAAAUUGACACCACCUGUUUAUGAUAAUUUGGAUGCAUUUGUCAAGGCAUUAUCAAAAGAUGAAAAAUUUAAACCUUGUGGUGAACUAUUGCAUUCAUUCACAGUAAAUGAUAAUGGAAACAAUCGUCAGUUUGAAGUUUAUAAAGCUGAUAUGACAUGUCAAGGAUUCAAGGAAUAUCAUGAUCGUUUACAAAUGUUUAUUUUAUGGUACAUUGAUGCAGCAAGUUUCAUUGAUGUUGAUGAUGAUCAAUGGCAUUAUUUUAAUAUGUAUGAAAAAUUUACAACAUCUGGUCAACAACGUUAUGCUACUAUUGGUUUUGCAACAGUUUAUCAAUACUAUGCAUAUCCAAAUCAUACAAGACCACGUAUUGCACAAGUAUUAAUAUUACCACCAUUUCAAAAACUUGGUCUUUGUGCAAAUCUUUUAAGAGCAAUUUAUCGUCAAUAUAUAGGAUCAAAUGAAGUUAAAGAUAUAACUGUUGAAGAUCCAGCAAUUGAAUUUCAAAGAGUUAGAGAUUAUGUUGAUGCUAUUAAUUGUAUGAAGCUACCAAGUUUUUCAAGACAAUUACUUGUUCAAGGAUUUAAUAAAGAUAUGAUCAAUGAAGCAAGAGAUAAAUUUAAAAUAAAUAAGAGACAAUCAAGACGUAUUUAUGAAAUUUUAAGAUUACAAAUGACUGAUUUGUCAAAUGAACAAGAAUACAGAGAUUACAGAUUGGAUGUUAAAAAACGUUUAAAUAGUCCAUACAAACGUGGUCUUCAAGAUAUGAAGAAAUUGGAAUCACUUGGUAAUGUUGCAAUUCCACCACCAGAACAACGUAUUCAAUCACUUGAAAAAGAAUAUCGUUCACUAGAGGAAGACUAUAAAAAAGUCAUUAGACGUCUUGAAGAAGUAUCUGAACAAUGAAAAAAAAAAAUAAAUCAAUAAUCAAUUUAAUUAAAUUACCAACUCUCAAUAAUUGACAGCAAGUUAAAAAUAUUAUUCAUCAAAUGAAGAUCACUUUUUAUUGCAUAAUUUGCUGGAAAAAUUUUUGCAUUAUGCUUUUUUUUUUUUUUCAUUUUCUCAUUAUCAUUUAGUAAUUUAAUAAUCCUAUUUUUUUAUAAUUCUCAUGGAAAUAAAAUAAUUUGAAGUUUACAAUAAAUAAUCAUUGUUACUUGUGUACAGCUUUGAAAAUAAAUUAU